UUAUCAUUGUUUUAGUGAUCAAUAGGAAUUGAUGAUUUCAUUGUCCCCGGUCGAGGGUCAGACUCGAUUAAGAGGAGGCCCGCAUAGCUUUCGACUUGGCCCCGUAAUCUUCUUAUGGUGCAACCAUUAACUUGAAAUAACUACACAUGCAUCCCCACAGGACAUCAGCCACCCUCUAUUUCAAAGUGUAUAUUACAUUGAGAAAACUAAGUGAACUAGUAACCAAUCAGAUACGAUGGCCAUUUAAUGGGCGUUUAUUUCAACCUAUUAGGUGUCAGUCUAUUUCAAGAGGGCGGCCAUAAAGUUGUGCCGUUGUUAGUCCAGACACAUGAGAGUUUGAGCGCAGUCGGUGUGCGUCUCUGGUUUCGCGGAGCUGUGUGGAGUACAUGGAGUUCAGCAUGGACUACAGACACAACUUUUAAACUCAGGAGGACAGUUGACUUUUCUAUCCUGAAGAAACUGGCUCAUUUAGCCACCAAGUAACAUGGAGAAGGAUAUCCCAUCAACCUCAACUGCUGUCAGCACCCAAGGGUCAUGCCCUGUCCUGGAUGGAGCCACUCUUCCCUCCCCCACACAUAUUCCUCCUUCACUCGUCUCUAAUAACAUCCCUGCUUCUUCCUCUCAACCCACCGAAUCUCCAUCCUCCACAGAAACCAUCUCUAAACCGAUGGAUUCCCCUCCUUCUUCAGAGGGGUCAAAGUCUCCAGCUGUGUCCUCUAAACCCACAUCUGAAACUGUCUCCGCUAAACCCUCCUCUCCUGCUCCCAACAGAACACAUGUUACCUCUCCUAACUGCUCUACCCCUCAAAUCCCCAAAAUUUCAUCUCUUUCAAAGCUCGCUUCUGCCUCUUCUGCUUCAGAUAGCUUGGCCUGUAACACUCCAUCAGAUCCCCCUUCUUCUUCCUCCGCUACUGCUUCCACUGUGGCUCCUGCAGCUUCUUCUGCUGCCCCCAUGAAACGCACCUUUGUUUCCAUGGCCAGGCGGGUGAUAAUACAGGAAAGACUUAGGAAAGCCGAGGAGGAUGCCGCUGAUGAAGAGGAUGAUGAAGAACCAGAGGAAGAUUUGUCUGUUGAACAGUUAGAAGAAAAGGCCAAGGCCGGUGAUGCCAGAGCUCAGACCCGGCUGGGUCAGCACUACUUGAUUCUUGCUGAAGAGAAGGACACGGAGCUAAAUAAUCGUCUUGGUGUUAAUUGGCUGAUUAAAGCAGCUAAACAGGGAAGGAAAGGUGCAGCAAGAGCACUCCAGCGCUGUUGGAUCCAGAAGAAAGGAGUCACUCCAGAGAAUGAGGCUGACAUGCGCAAGUUGUCAACAGAGAGUAAGUUUGAGCUGGCAGUGCGUAAAGCCGCAAUGAUGAUGUACUGGAAACUCAACCCAGACAGGAAGAAGAAGGUGGCUAUGGCUGAGAUGCUGGAAAAUGUCAGCCAGGUCAAUGCAGUGCAAGGUGGCACUGCAAGCAAGAUUCCUGGCCCAACUUCAGGCCAGACCCAGAAAGUGCUGGAGAGCAUGGUCAGCAAUGAAUCUACACACUUGGUGGACCUGGAUGACUUUGUUGAGAUGACUAAAAAGUAUGCACAAGGUAUUUCUCCCUCUACAAACACAAAUGCCAGCCAGGCCGCAUCCAGGACUGAAAGCCCUACACCUCAUGUCAGCACGGAGGAGCACAAGGCUGAGCUGGUCCCAUCAGGAUACAAGAAGGCCCACAGAAGUUCUUGGGGUUUUGGCCGGAGUGGGAUGAUGCUGGAUUCUAAUCAGACUGGGGCCAUGAAAAGAGCCAUGGACAUGAAAUCCCGCUUAAUGAUGCUGCAGUACCCACUGCACUCCAUUGUUGAGAUGAAAGAGCACCUGGUCGACUGGGCAUCGCGGGCCGGUGUGCAGUGGCUGAGCACAGUCAUCCCCACGCAACACGUCAACGCUCUUAUUUUCUUCUUCAUCGUCAGUAACCUGACCGUUGACUUGUUUGCAUUUGUCAUCCCUUUGCUUGUCUUCUACCUCUCCUUCAUCUCCAUGAUCAUCUGCACACUGCGUGUUUUCCAGAGCAGCAAGACUUGGGAGAACUUCAGAGCCUUCACAUCUCUGCUGACACGUUUCGAGCCUGGCCUGGAUGUAGAGCAGGCAGAGACCAACUUUGGCUGGAACAACCUAGAACCGUACCUUUAUUUUAUCCUGUCCGUUUUCUUCAUCAUUUUUUCCUUCCCUGUAGCUGACAAGGGCUGGAUCCCCUGUUCCGAGCUCUCCACUGUGGCCAUCUUCUUCACUGCUGUCAGCUACAAGAGCCUCAGCCCGACCGCUGCGACUUAUGCACGCCGGGCAAUGGUCAUAGAGGUAGCCUCAUCUCUGUGUUGCCUGACCCAGUUCCUGCCCGAGAGCUCGACACUGCUUCGUUGCCUGGGAUACACCUUCGCCACAGUGCCACUAGGGGAGUCAGUGGUGCUGAAGCUCAGUCUUCCCUGCCUGCUGUAUGUUUACCUGUUCUAUCUGUUCUUCAGCAUGGCCAGGAUGCGUGGUUUCCGGGGGGUUUACUGCUUCCUGGUUCCAUACCUUGUGUGCUUCAUGUGGUGUGAGUUUUCGGUGGUGCUCCUCCAGAAUUCCUCCGCUGUGGGUCUAAUCCGCACCUGCGUGGCCUACUUUCUCUUCCUGUUUGCCCUGCCUGUUCUGGCUUUUGGCCUGGCCGCCAUGCUCCUCAUCCAGCUCUUCAAGUGGUUCCUCGAGCUGGAACUGACAAAGAUGAUUGUGACCCUGGUCGUCUGUGCAAUCCCUGUCACCCUGCGGCUGUGGACACGUUUCAGCAUGUCCAUUCUGGAUGUUUUUGGAUCGCUCACUCACCGUGGCCCGGUCAAACUCAUUUUACUCUGUAUCUCCAUGGUGAUCCUUUUCUUCUCUAUCUACGUGUACUAUGCAGAGGGACAGAAGGUGUACAAUUCCACCCUGACUUGGAACCAGUAUAGCAAGGCGUGUGGGCCUCCUGCCUGGGAAACUAAAGGCAUGGCGCAGACACAGAUCUUCUGUAGCCACCUGAAUGGACACAGAGUCACCUGGACUGGGCGUUUCAAGCAUGUCCGUGUGGCUGACACAGAGAACGGAGCACGGUCAGUGAUUAACAUGCUGCCAGUGUUUAUGGGAGACUGGCUGCGUUGCCUGUAUGGAGAGACGUAUCCCAAAUGUGAGCCGAAAAAUGCAACCGUCGCAAACCUAACAGCUGCCAAUUUGGCAGGCGGUUCUGCGUCAACUACCACUGCACUGCCCGUACUGCUCCGAAUGCAGGAAGAGGAAGAGUUAUGUCAGAUCAAGGCUUUGGCCAAAAACACCUGCCACAUCAAGCGCUUUGAUAGCUACAGCUUUGAGGUGACAAUAGGGAUGAUCCAGGAUGGAAGAGUGGAGGACCCAGCCAGGGAUAUACUCCUAAUAGCCAGCCAUGAGUUCAGCCAAGUUCUGCUCAACCUAAAUCCAGGUAACAAGGUGGAGUUCAGCACCAAGCUAGAGGGCCGUCUAGGAUCCAGAGCUCCGUCAUUUGAGCUGAAGGCUAUCCACUGUCUGGACUGUGUUUCUUCACUACUGACUGGAGGUCGGCAGGUGAAGUAUGAGAGAGACUGGAGACGCACCACAAUGAGAGCCGUGAAGUUUGCUUUUGAUUUUUUCUUUUCUCCUUUCCUGUCAGCAAGAAUCACAGCCUGAGAAAGAUAACGGUGAAGCUGAAGUACUAAUGACUGACUUCAAUCUCUUUGGGAAGCCAUGCUAUCAUUUUCUCAUAGUAUGAUCAUGGUACUAACAUAACUACCAUUUGAUCUAACAUUGAUCUACAGCUCAUGUUUAUGUGUUGAAAUUUCAACAAGGUGAUAGCAUUUAGGAAAUGACUGAAUACUUUAAGUACUUCCUGUUAGUGCAUGAGUUCACAAAGAUUUUACUGUUUUUCAGUUCAAGUACCUCUAAACCAAUUCAAGAAGGGUCAGAUGCCCACUUUCUGCUUAAAACACAGACACAGUCACUUUGAUUUUCAAAUAUUCUUCUUGUAUCCAGGGUCAUGCUUUCAAAAACAGCCUGUAAUUUGAUGGUGCCAGAUUAUAUGCAGCGAGGCUAAUGUUGGGUGCUGACCACUUCUGAAUGCCUAGAGAUACUGCACAUUCGUUAAAAAUAAAAUAUUAUCAGAUGACAUUUAUCUUUGACAGAGCAAUGUUGCUGCUGCUUUUGUAUGAAGGAGUUUCUUAUCUGUAUUGGAAAUAUGUUUGCAUGUACAGUAUGUGUGUACCUUUGUGUGUGUGUGUGUGUGUGUGUGUGUGUGCAUUGGUGCAUAUUUAAUUUAACCGAUUUAUUUAUAGGUGUUUGUUACAUAGGUUGUUUGCCAAGAUUUUACUAUUUUGUGGUCUUAAAAAACUCUGGUCUUAAUCUUAUUUUUAAUUAAUUAUCAGACGUCUCUGUGCCAUGAGCUACAAUGCACACAAAAUGGCUUUGGAAAUCCAACAUAAAUUAAUCCAGCUUUUUGUGUUUUCACUGAAGCUGUUGAUUGCAAACCUUGUCAAAAAUUAUGAAGCUAUAGUCCCAGUUUCAUGGUUUGGAUUACACCUUCAACCACACAACAAAAAGGCCAAAGACGUCACAGCCAAUGAUAGUUCUUACUAUUUACAGUGUUUGCUGCAAAUCAUGCAGCUAUUUAACUAACUGGGAGGGAUGACUUCUAAAUGUUAUUUUUUUAUAUAAACAUCACUAGUCUUCACAGCCACAGGGAAACAAACAGAAACUGAAAACUGAGCGUAUUAAAUCCUAGAAUUAAAUUUUGGUCACUGACUGUAGACACGCUAACAAAACCCUGAACAGUGUUCAUUCCGUAGAAAUAGAGUUAGGAUUUGUUUUGCUUUUCAGCACGGAGUGGAAUUAUUUUGCUUUGAUAUCAUGAUAAUUUAGUCUUAUUUAUUUAACCUUCCAGUGGAAACCAUAUAUCUGCCAAAUUGCAUGAGUUAGAUUUUUUCAUAUAAACUGAACUAUUAAAGGUCCAGUGUGUAACGUUUAGGAAGAUCUAGUGAAAAAAAUGGAGUAUAAUAUUUAUAGGUAUGUUUUCACCAGUGUAUAAUCACCUGAAGAUAGAAUCAUUGUGUUUUCUGUCCUUAAAAUGAGCCUUUAUCUACAGAUGCCACAGGUUGCCUUCCAUGGAGUCAUUCCAUGUUGAACCACCAUGUUUCUAGCCCAGAACAGACAAACCAAACACUGACUGUAGAUUGGUCCUUUUUGGGCGAGUUUUGCAGACACUGCAGUUUCUCCUACACAGCCCGUUCUCAUUUGCAGGUCGUCAAAUACAGACGCCAGCAGUGUUCAGUUAGAUGCAAUCAUAAACUUCACCACUAGACGCCACUAAACACACACACACUUGUCCUUUAAGUGAUUUUUAAUGAAUUGAUAAAAUUCUUCUACUUCAGUAUAAAAUAAAAAAUAUAAAAAGCAGUAAUUAUAAAUAUACUACCUGAAAAAAAAAAAAGUCAUGAAGCUGAAAACUGAGAUAUUUUUCUUUGAUAUAAAUGGGUUUCACAGAGCAGCCCCAAUUUGUAGAACUGCAUUAAAAGUACUAAUUAGAUGAUCGGCAUAUAACACUUGCAGUGCAUGACAAGCCAAACGUGAACACUAUUACAUUGUAACCUCUGUUUACAUGUGAAUGACAGUCAUUGAUGCUGAGCCUGUAUACUGUGAAUUUGAGUGCCUUCUUUAUUUAGUGGUGAGUUUGGGAGGGGGUGGGAGCGUGCAAUGACUAUUAAAGUGCUUGUCUUUCAAACAAAA